CCCACACUGUCCCCUCUCGUACCUCUGAGAAAUACGAUAAGACGAAUGUCGAGCGACAACACGCCGCCUCCGCUGAGCCGGACAACGAGUGGGAACACGAGCCUUAUGGAGCGACUGCGUAGUUUUGGUCGAGGGAGGAGUGAGCGUGGAGAGGUGGAGAGUGUGGAUGGGUCGACGCUUGUGCAUGGACGACGGUCAAGUUCUGCAAUGGACGACCGUCGCUCCCGUUCCCGCACCCGUCCAGACGGGCCAGUCGUCUCCACAGGCAGAGGAGGCGCGGGCAACAUGGUUCCCAAGUCUCAGGAAUCGCUGGAGCAAGUCGACGAGCCCCGUGGACGUAACCCGAUCAGCACGAGCGAGCGGAUUACCCACUCUGGCCGCGGAGGCGCUGGCAACAUUCGCUCUCCUAGCAGGGAUCCAGAGGCGAGGAAGCGCGAAGCAGCAGAGAACGCUGCAGAGGCCGCGAUCGUCACUGAGCACGCGGCGAAAGAUACGGGCGUGCACUCUUCCGGUCGCGGAGGGUGGGGUAAUAUCAGCAGGUCCAAGAGUCCCGCUGCGAAUCGCAUUCCGCUCGUCUCCUCGGGACGUGGGGGUGCGGGGAACGUUCAUGCUGUAGGAGAGCUGCCGGACGGACAUGCGAUCGCAGAAGAGGACUCGCAUGUUAUUGCCGACCACAAGGUUCACGAACAUGGGAUCAUUCAUUCCACCGGCCGUGGAGGCGGCGGCAACAUCCUCACGGGCGACCCUGUUGUCCCUGGCUCUGAACACACAGAGCAAGUGCACGCCACCUCCGACCUGGAGCACCACGCGCACUCGACAGGCCGUGGCGGCGCAGGGAAUAUCAUCCCCGACGAAGAGGAGCGCGGGCGCCCAGCGGAACAUCAUCAUGGUUCUUUGCUGCACAAGUUUGGCGACUUUGUCAAGGGGUCGAGCAAGAGCCGCGAGAGGGGUGACAAGCACUGAACUUGAACCUGCUGAACCUGCUGAACUUAAUGAACUUGCUUUCUUCUUCCUUCUCCAUCUUAUCAUGCUAAUGAUGUCCUUGCCAUCAUACUCUGUCGUUCUUUAACUCGAUUGUCGGAAUAAGUGUUUGUACACCUAGACGAGGCCGUCAACGACCGUUUUGUUUU